AUGCUGUUUGCACCUGUGUUUACCCUUAGAUGGCGUCAACUGGCAUCCAGUAUCAACGCUGAAUACCGCAGUCCGGAUAAAUUUGUCUCCGGUCAGGGUGGAAUUGGACAUAACUGGCCUGGCAGACGUUUCAUCGUUACGACCUCUUGGAUUUUGGCUUCUCGUUUCACAAAGUUCACUGUUAUACGACAGCAUUCUGACGAACUUGUUGCUCUCCUUAUAUCAUCCGCUUCUGUGCCCGACCCAGAUUCACGUACGGAAGGUGGUAGACCGGCAGGUGAAAAUUUGGGCACCCAGAUGGUUGUUACACUCCGCUUUGUCGAUGUUCAAACGGCAUCCAACCUGGACGUUCUACGCUCCACACUACAAUGCCCAUUGAUUAAAGCUCCCGGUGUCGAUCUCGAACCGACUGUCGUUCAACGUUUCGUACAAGCAUUCGCAGAAGUCGUCGAUGAAGGGGAUCCAGUGAGUCCCGACCAUGACAUGGAUCUUGAACAAUGUAUCGGUUGCAUGGCUCAAACUGCUAAUGUGACCUUGAUCCAACGCUGUGCCCCGGACCAAACAAUGAAUCCAAACUACGGCAGAUCCACUUCACCGGGUCAUCAAGAAGCACGCUGUGGGACUUGUCGUUGUCGACCGAUGUGGUGCUUAGACUGUAUGGCCCGUUGGUUUGCUUCCAGGCAAACAGAAGCGCAUCGUUCACCAGACGUGUGGCUUUCCGGUCGCGUUCCAUGUCCAACAUGUCGUGCCGUGUUUUUGUUUUGUCGACAUGCUCCAAUGGGUGCCGAGCAAAGCAAUCCUGUGAACGAUCCAAGUUCCAGUCUAAGUUCCUCUCUGAGAAAUGUCACAACCGCCGAACCGCCCGGAUCAUCAUCAUCUCUACCGCCAUCCCCGCAACAUUCAUCUCUGCCCGUUUCCCAUCGCUUGUCCCGUGAGUCGAGCAAAUCCGUGACCAUGUCUAAUUUUAAAACUCCUCGCGAUCACGUGUCCUCAAUUCCACCUCUCACCAGCCCCGAAUCCACCAACCGAAUGAUUUGGACUCAUUCCGGUUCAACCACAUCUCUGACUUCGCAUUCUCGUCAGCAUUCUCCGUCUCUGGGCAAACUGAAUCGCUCCUCUGGUAUUGUAGUUGUCUGUCCCGGACCAAUAAGACGAAUGCGUUCCACGGGUUCUCUGGACUCAGUCGCUCAUGCUUACAACAAAACCGAUGCCGGUUCUGCUGAACUCCGACGACUGAGACAAAUUCCCGCCUUUGAGCCUCUAAUCGCUCAGUCUGUUGGAAGUCUGGAAGAUACACUAACUGGUAAUCUGGUUACCUCCUCAUCUGGGAGACACCUAGACGUUUCGCUGCAUCGAGUUGCACCAGAUGGGCUUGUUGCAUUUGCCAAACGUUACGGCGAGUACGUUCAGAGUUGUGCUCAAACUGCUUAUCAACAACAGACUCUGAUUCUCGGUUUGCAAAAUAAAGUAGAUUAUGAAACACGCCAUGUUUGGAGUGCCUUACAAGCCCGUGAGAAUGGCACUACUCUAACCAGUCCGACUCUGCUCAGUCCGAAGGUUGGCUCUAAUUUUUCCCCUUUGGAAGCGGGAAUCUCUUCACCACCUACAGCCACAGAUUUGACGUAUGCCGGUCGUCAACAGGUGGAUGCUGUGGUUCUUCAAACCAGUCAAAUAUCUGGCUUAAUUGAUCAAUGCACAACAAUGGUUCAACGACUGCGAGACACAAUUUCAGAGGUGAAUAGACAAUUGAACACUAAAAUUGUUCCCGGAGAGUCGGUACUCCAGGAGUCCGGUGAUCUGUGA